GUCACGGCAGAAGGAAGUUGCAGUAAGAAGGGGCGUGCCAAUAGGCAAGAUGGCGGUGCGGAGGAGGCUGUGGGGUUUAUGGAGCCGGUGGUGGCAGGAGCCUGAGAACUUUCUGUUAGCAAACAGGACUCUGCAAAAACAGUACAAUUUUUCCCAAAACAAGCAACUGAUAUCGCUCCAGUAUUCUGGAGCUCAUACAGACAUUCAGCAGUCUAAGGAAAACUCUUCGAUAUCCAGUUUAGAUGAGCCAGACACUUUGUAUAAGAAACUGGCUAUUUUGGUUAAAGGUCAUGACAGAACGGUAUUGGACAGUUAUGAAUAUUUCAUACUGCUUGCUGCUAAAGAACUUGGAAUUUCUGUUGAAAAGGUCGAAGAGCCACCAAAGAAGUUUGAACGAUUCACUCUGCUGAAAUCAGUGCACAUUUACAAGAAGCACAGAGUCCAAUAUGAAAUGAGAACACACUACCGAUGUGUAGAGUUAAAGCAUUUAACUGGCAGCACUGUCAACGUUUAUUUAGAAUACAUCCAACGAAACUUACCUGAAGGGGUUGCUAUGGAGGUUAAAAAGACUAGAUUAGAAAAGCUUCCUGAACAUAUUCAGACACCUGUGUGGGACACAUUACCUCAAGUGGAAGAAACAGAAAGUCAACCAUGAGCCUACAUUACACUGAUUCUGAAACAAAUCAGCCUGUUUUUUUUUCAAACUGGCCAAACCAGUAGAACUGCUACUCCAGAAGACCAUUAAGAUGAAAUCAAGGAAAACGGAGGUUUGACAGAAGUGUCUUGUGUAUAUUUUUAUAGCAUGUUGAUUAAAUAUAUGUGGAAGAAAAGGUUUACAUUGUGCUAUUCAAAGUUCUUGCUUGUGCUUAUUAAGACACCUAUAACCUAUAAAUUCAAAAAUAAACUUGGUAUAGAAUGGA